GAAAAGAAAUGAGACUGGACAAAAAGAUCCAAAGAUACAAGCUUGGCGUUACACUCAGUUUUAAGAAGCUAACCUUCGGUGGAUCUUUUUAAAAAAAGGGUUCGCGCGUCAGCAAUGGCCAAUGGCGGCAACAGUGACGAGCUCCCUUGGCUGUUGGAGGUUGGAGGAGAAUUACUUUUCCAAAGACAAGAAACUGAUUGUUGCAUCGUGAAAAAAAAUUCUCCUGAGAGUGUGUGACGCCAUCUUAUACAACACUUCAAAAUAGAAGAUAAUAGUAUGGAUGCAUCAAGAAGCACCUGGUCGGUGGUGGAGGAUCCGGAUCGUCAAAAGCGAUCUUCCGCUCUGGUGAUUACCGAGUCUGUGGAGAUUCAAGAGACUACUGAGGGCGAAUGUCAACCCUUUUUUGUCGACUUGGGUUCCUUACGGAAACACUCUCAAGAUCACCUACGAGAUACCAGCUUGCUACCCUCGGAGGAAGAUGUACACAAUCUGGAUGUCUGUCUAUUACGGGAAAAACACUACAAGUACCUGUCUCGCGUCUUUUUGCCGUCGCAACAACCCUUGAAUGGCAACUUGGUCAGUCUGGACUCGGGUCGACCGUGGAUGAUGUACUGGACUCUCCAUGGUUCGGAUUUGUUAUUGGUAUCCUCCCAAGAAGAGAAACACGACAAUCCUACUACCGGUGCUACCAAUGGAGCCAACACGAGUACAAAUUUACUCUGCCAAAAGGUGGGAGAUAAUGCCUUAACCGCUGUGGUAUCCACCAUGGAAGCGUGCUGGCAAUCCAUCGAAAUCACAUUGCCACAGAAGUUGGAUUUGAGCGAUCAAGAUCGAAAUCUUCUCGAACCCAAUAACAAGACCAAUAAUAAUGGCAAUAAUCCACAGUCAUUCCAAGGUGGUGGAUUUGGAGGUGGUCCUGGUCAAAUGGCACACGCUGCCACUACCUAUGCUGCUGUCUUGACCUUGUGCAUUGUGGCGACGUCAGACGGACAAUCAUCGUCGCCCAUGGCGUGGUCGCUUUUGGCAAGAAUAAGAAAGCCUCUGUAUGCGUGGUUCUUGUCUCUCCAACAAUCUCAUGGAGGUUUUCGGAUGCAUCACGAUGGAGAAAUUGAUGUUCGAGCAUCCUAUACCAUUUUUUGCGUUGCCAAAUUGCUCAAUUUACUGACUCCAACAUUGGCCAGUAACACCACAGUGGAUUUUAUUGCUUCCUGUCAAACCUACGAAGGGGGGUUCGGAGGAGAACCAUUCACUGAAGCCCAUGGUGGAUAUGCCUACUGUGCCGUCGCCGCCUUGCAACUGGUCAACCGACUGGAAAAAAUUGAUCGGGAAGCACUCACGGGGUGGCUUUGUCGGCGGCAGUUGGGAUACGAAGGUGGUUUUUCGGGACGCGCCAAUAAACUUGUCGAUGGGUGUUAUUCCUUUUGGCAGGGGGGUGCCUUGGCCAUUGUCAGUGCACACUAUGCUGCUGCUGAGGUGGAAGAUGAAAUGGAUGAUUUCUGGUUGUCAUCUCCACCACUCUCAUAUGCUCUGCUGUUUGACAAACCAAUGCUACAACGGUACAUUCUCCUGUGUGCGCAGGAUGUCAACGGUGGUCUAAGGGACAAACCUUCCAAAUCGAGGGAUUUUUAUCAUUCAUGCUACAAUCUAUCGGGUCUAGCAAUGACACAGCACAGUGGUCGCACUGCGGAUGAUGAUAUUAAUGAUGGUGGUGACAAGGCAGCGGACACCAACAAUCAGCACCAGACUAAUUUUGGCCAUCCGGUCAAAUCCCUCGUGGCUGCUUCUCACCCAUGUUACAACAUUCGACUGGAACGAGUAUCCAAAGUCCUGGAGUAUUUCAAGAGCUAGCUAGCCAUAGUAGGAUAGUUUUGAGACAAAGAGUCCUAAAAAUGUAGCUGUUUUCAGGUUCCAAAGCAUUGCUGGGACUGCCCCGUGCCAUUCCUUUCUUGGCAGCAAGGCUUUUGGCCAACUUGGCAUGUUUCUCAGUUUUAAGAAAUUAACCUUUGCUGGAUCUUUUAGGGUUCGCACGUCAGCGUGCUUGUGUCAAGACCCAAGCAAGAUCCUUGUCGUUUGAUCGCUUGAAGCAAGAUGAAAAGGAAGAGAAAGCCUUCGAUCAUCCUCACUUCACCCCGACACCAAGAAUAGACCUAGAUCUAAUCAUCAUCGGUAUUAUUAAUACUGCAGCUGUGCAAUUAACUUAAUCAAAUCAAACCAAGCCACAAGGAUAAUCAAUCACCAUGUCUG